GGAUGCCUAAAGGUCUCUCAUUCAACUUUCUCCCGCCUUUCACUUCGACUUCUCGACAGGAUGACCAAAGCCGUCAGUAUCUGGGACGUCAGCAGCGCGUUGGGUGCUUGGAGCUGCAAGAGACGUCACUCGUCUUUUCUCGCGAAGAAGCUCUUGGCGAUCGCGCUGGCACUCGUUUCACUCUUCUUUCCAGCUAGCGGCGUUCCGAUGGAGUAUUCGGGAGAAGAGUUCGUAGACUUGACGGGCACAUCUGGAUUGAGCCAUUUAACUACAAAGUGGGAAUUACUAUCGGCGCAGCUACGAGGGGAAGUGUGCCACCUCAGAGACGAACAGUUUACAAGCACCUUCAACUUACCAGUGGAACAAAUGGGCACAUUCAGCUUAAAUAAAAUAGAUUUGCCACAGAUUACAAUAGAAGAUGGGUGCUUUAAAACUAACUUCAAUAAGGAAAAAUGUUUAGGAACAAUUGCUAAAGGCCUUCAGGAAUAUCAGCUGUUUAAGCAACAUGUGAAGGAGUCAUUUGUAAAGCAUAGUAGCAAAGUGGAAGAUGUGUGGAAUAGGAUGAAGCAUUUAUCUGAUGACGUUAUACAAAGAAUGAAGAAUUCCAAAAAUGUUGCAGUUAUUGAUGAACAUAGGAAGGAGCUUCUUUUGAACCCAUUGCAGUCAGACAAGCAAUGGGACAAAUAUGUUGGAACUCAUGUAAUUCUACGAGAGCUUACUCGUUUCAUGGAGAAAUCUGUGCGAGCAAUUCGAUUCAUUAGUCUUAAACCUGCUAGUUCAGGAUCACAGAAUUAAUGAACGUUUUAGUUCAAUGUUUCUGAGAUAAAUUAUUAAUACUGUAUACAUCUUCAAAAUUCUAAAUAAUUUUAUCCACUCCUUACAGUGGACAGUGUUUAAAAUGAUGUUCUAUGUUAUGAACUUAUGUAAUGCUUUUAAAGCAUCUAAAUUCUGUUCUGUUUUUAACUAAUAUUUAUUUAUUAAGUAUAUAUAUUUUUACA